CAACAUGAAAUAGUUUCUUUUUUAUUAUAAUAAUUACCCAAAAUUCCUUUUUAUUUCCUCUCUUCUUCUUUUAUAUAUAUAUAUAUAAAAUAGCAUGUGGUUAUCUCGAAAAUUAAGCACUUUACUGAAUCAAAAAUCAUCUUUACAUUCGACUCAUCACUUGUUAAAUUCAUUUCACAAGAAAAAAGAGCACCAUAUAUCCUUUGUACUAGCAGUAACAUCCGGUGUACAAAGUACAGGCAAAUCAACAUUCAUCAACUCCCUUGGGCUUCAAGAAGUAGACCGACUUCGGAAAUUAUAUCGAUUGAGAAACAAUGAACAAUUUAUUAUUCAGAUAUUAGAAUACAAUGGAAUCCCACCCUCUAUGGAAACAUUUGACGGUGCAUUGAUAUGCUACGAUAUUACAAAUAGAGAUUCAAUGGACAACCUACCCGACAUGAUUAAUACCUUUCUAUCACACCAUGUUCCUUGUCUUUUGAUUGGUCUCAAGUCAGAUUUGACAGUGCUGAGAACUGUGGAUCCUCAUCUAGAUACUUUCAUCAAUUCAUCUAUUCCGACCGAAAAAUACUACUUUUGAAUCAACAACAGGGUAUUGACCUCCACCGCAAGUCAUCUUUUUCACAGAGUGAUACCACGGUGAGUCGAAGUAGUAGCACAAGUGGAGA